AUGCAGCGUACAUCGGGAUUGGCACUUUUCCUGCUCUGCAAUAUCGCUUAUGCCCAGCAGUCCCUCUAUGGCCAAUACUAUUUCCAAUGUCUCUCUGCAACCACGACGGCAGGCACAACUAGCACAACCAGUGCGACCACAGCAACUAAGACUACGUUGACUACUACUGCGAGCACCACUACUAAAGCAUCCACCACUACCAAAGCAUCCACAACGACAACUACAGCUGCUACUGUUACAAACAGCGGCAAUCCCUUCAGCGGUUAUCAGCUCUAUGCAAACCCCUACUAUUCCUCCGAGGUUGCCACAUUAGCUAUUCCGUCCCUGAGCAGCUCUCUCGUGGCAAAGGCUAGUUCGGUCGCCGAAGUUCCAUCUUUUGUCUGGCUUGACACGGCUGCCAAAGUUCCGACCAUGGGCGACUAUCUUGCCGACAUUCAGUCACAGAAUGCUGCCGGUGCUAGCCCACCCAUUGCGGGAAUUUUUGUGGUUUAUGACUUACCAGACCGUGACUGCGCCGCCCUUGCUAGCAAUGGCGAGUACACGAUUGCCGAUAACGGAGUUGCGAAUUACAAAGCCUACAUUGACGCGAUCAGAGCUCAGAUUGUCGAAUAUUCUGAUGUGCAGACUAUCUUGGUUAUUGAACCUGAUAGUCUCGCAAAUCUUGUUACAAAUCUCGGUGUGGCUAAAUGUGCCAAUGCUGAGAGUGCUUAUCUGGAGUGCGUCAACUAUGCGUUGAUCCAACUCAACUUAGCAAAUGUAGCCAUGUACAUUGACGCUGGGCAUGCUGGUUGGCUGGGCUGGUCGGCUAAUAUCGGACCGGCCGCUACGCUCUUUGCCAAUGUAUACAAGAACGCAUCCUCUCCGGCUGCUGUACGUGGACUAGCCACUAAUGUCGCUAACUACAAUUCUUGGACAAUCGGCACUUGUCCAUCAUAUACAUCGGGUGACUCAAACUGUGACGAACAACUUUAUGUCAACGCCAUUGCUCCCCUACUUGAGGCUGCAGGAUUUUCUGCUCAUUUCAUCACUGAUACUUCACGCAAUGGUGUUCAGCCAACAGAGCAAAAUGCCUGGGGUGAUUGGUGCAACGUUAUUGGUACUGGCUUCGGUGUUCGCUUUACGACUGAUACUGGGAAUGAUCUUGAAGAUGCAUUUGUUUGGGUCAAGCCUGGUGGAGAAAGUGAUGGUACAUCGAAUUCCUCAUCGACACGAUAUGAUGCGCACUGUGGAUAUAGCGAUGCCUUGCAGCCUGCCCCGGAAGCUGGAACAUGGUUCCAAGCUUAUUUUGAGCAGUUGCUUGUGAAUGCCAACCCGUCUUUCUAA